AUGUUCCAUGGUGUCGCCGAUGGCACUGCAUAUCCGUCAGAGAGGCCUUUUCUGCUUCUACUGGCAGUGAUGCUUGGCAUGGCAGCCUGGUAUCGAUCCAAGACGAUGACUGAUUCCGCCAAUAAUGAGGAAUACUUUCGUAAAUUGAGUCUAGAUCUUCUCAAAUUCGUUGAUUCGAAUGUGGUUGAGUUGAUGGACCAACCCUCCGUCACUGCAGUUCAAACCUGCAUCCUUCUGGGAUCACACCAUGUUUACCAUGGUCGUCCGAAUCUCUCCUUUGCUCUAUUAGGCGCAACUAUCAAAAUGUCUCAGGCUCUAGGGAUGCAUCGCGAGCCGUCAAGAGGAGAUUUUGAGAACAUCGAGGAGCGAAAGCGAGUCUGGUGGACCAUCUACACUUGGGAUCGGUUCGCUUCAAUCACAUAUGGCAGACCACUAGGAAUUAAUGACAAGGAUUGCAACGUGAGCAUCCCAGCGGACGUUUUCGAGAUCCCGACUUUUGUCGCAUUUGAACCCGGUCAAAGCAAUACUAUUUGCUAUUCAACCUAUCAAAGGGAGCUGAACCAACUCUACUUGAUCGCUUCACCGGCACUAGAAACCAUAUUUGGCUCGCGCACGCUCAGGACAUCUAAAAGCCUAAUAGGCGAUGCGUACGCUACACUGGUCAAACAAGUCACACAAAGCUUGAAAAGGUGGCGAUCCUGCUUACCGAGCCAACUAGCUUUGGAUCUCGAUCAGGACUUUCAUCCUGAUGGUCGACCGAGUUCCAGGGCAUAUGCUUUGCAGUCUUUGUCCCUGCAAUUGACGUAUGACAAUCUCCUCAUCGUCCUACAUCGACCUCUCCUUGCACGACACGUUGACCACCUCUCUACAACCAAGAUCCGGUCUCCCGAGAAUGCCGAAGCAGACUCAAUACCCCAUCACCCGAGUGUCACUUCUUUGCAUUAUGCAAACUCAACCUUCGGAGCCUCUCCUCCAGAAGCACAAACCGCCAGCUCGGAACUAUGGAUGGAUGCAGCGGUAAGAACCUCGCGAGUAACGGAACUGCCAGCCCUCGCUCAACUGGCCACUGACAGCCACCUCGUCGCCUUCCUUGCUAUAAAUUUGUUUAAUGCUGCCAUCGUGCUGACAGUUAUGGCUCUUUCUGACCCCCUCUCCGACACAGCGCAGAUGGUUAAACGCACUAUCACUCGCAUUCUGCGCUUACAGGAACUUCUUGGUAGCAGGACAGCUCUCUCCAAGCAGAGUACCGUGAUCUUGAAGAACGUAGUCACUAUGCUCCUCCGACGAGAAUCAGAAGUGAUUCUUGCGCCAAUUGCAGGACCAUAUGAACCAACAGGUCAGAAUCUCAGGCAGAUGCCAACAGACUCAGCUAUCAUGUCAGUGGAAGACACGCUUCGUUUACCACUGGAUGGAGUGUUAUGCUUUUCGGAUCCUGCAGCAGGAAGCCAACUAUUGCCUGACCUUAGCAGAGCUUCUCGUCUUAACGAAAGCCUGACGACAGUUCAAUAUGUUUUACCUGCCGGGAAUCAUCGCUCUCACGUCACACCAUCCAUUGGAGAUGAUCAUCGCGAAUCUGCAGAGAAUCGCGCCCACCAACCGAUAUCCCAACCAAUGGAAUGUGAUUGGAAUGAACUAGGCGUUUCCCCACUGGGGAUUGAAGACCCGUAUCUCGGGAAUGGCGAAAGUGGGAUGUAUUGGUUAUGGGAUAGAGCAUGGAAUGGAGCAGAUGUCUGA